AGCUACCAUACCUGGUAGGUGAGGUUGCUCAACGGUCACAGUUGGUCGUUACGGGAAUAUCACGGUAGAGGUCGCUACUCUGGACUGUGUGGAAGGCAGCGCCGGCACUGCCCGGGCGAUCCCCGUCCGUCACUUCCCCGAAUCUGACGGGGGAUCCAUCACGGCGCCACUUCCUCCUGCUUCAGUUGGCACCUGGAAGAAUGGUCGGUUAUGAACCGACAGACUCUCACAUCCAGACGAACCCGCUGCGCGCGGUCCAACAGGGCGUUUUCUUGAUGGACCUGACUUAGACUACCGCGCUGAAGCUCCAAGGCGGAAAACCGAGCCAGCGUUCUCUGCAGGCAGGCCCGUUUGAGGAGCAUCAGCACAUCGAUCAGCACCGCAGCACCGCAGCACUGCAGCACCGCAGUAGCGCACGCAAAUCUCCAAAUCCUCGCUGCAUCGGCCGUCACGCUCGCCCUUACCUUCUCGGUUCCUCUUCGUCUCACUGGCAGCUUUCUUUGCGUCGCCAUGAAUGAUAAUUCUUCCACGCGGCCGGGCUGCGACUCGCCCACCGACCCCUCCCCCGCCGACACGCGACGACCUUCGCAAUCCACUGCCAUCGCCCAUGACGACGAUGGUGUCUCUGACAGCCCGCAACCGACGGAUACGGUGCGGCGACGGCCUGAAUCCUCGAUGCGCAGUCCGAUUCCCGACAACCCUCCUCGCUCGGACAGAGGCGAGCCCGCCGGCCCAGAACUGCUCAUGCCGCGAGCCAGCCAGGGAGCUACGCGCUCGCCCCUGCUGGGCUCUGAUCGCGCCCGGGCGCGCCCUCGAAAACCCGCCAUGCCCCGUCGCGCUUCGUACAACGCCCAAGCACUACACCGUGGCGGGGUCUUCUCAGUCGACGACGGGAUCGCCGAGGUCGAAGCUGAUGCCGCCGAGCGCCAGCAGAGCUAUGCGGCAACGCUGCGAAGAAGAGCAGCACCUCCGCCGACCCCCCUCGCGAGGAUACACUCUCCUUCCGAUGAUGACCCCACGGACGAUGCCCACGCAGACCAGGUCGGCCAAACCAGCAGCGACCCGGCGGACGAGGCCGACGCAAACGCGGAGUCAGACGACCAUCCCGAUGACAGUCCGGUGCCGAUCGACGAGGACGCGGACAUCAGCGACGCCGAAAGCUUCACCCUGAAGGACCGCCAGCAGGCCAUCAAUCAGACUCACCCGUUCGGCAUCAGGUUGUGGAAGCCGGCGCUGUACAAGAAGAGUCGGUCGGUUCAGAAGAACGCCGAGGGCGAUAUCCACUCCUCACCGGGGGGGCACGUCAGCAACUGGCUGUUGUUUUUCAACCUCGUAUGGACGCUGGCCUUUGGUUGGUGGAUGGCCCUUAUCGCCUUCACGGGCGCCGUCGUCUGCUUCCUCUUCGCCGCCGCCGCCCCCGGCGGGCGCCCGUACGGUCGCGUCUUGUGGGGGCUGGCCGGCUACCUCUUCUACCCCUUUGGCAAGUUUGUCAGGCUGGAGCAGCAAGAGGCCUAUCUGGACGAGGACCAGGGCGAGGGCCGCAGCAUCAGCGAGUACGAGCAGUGGCAGAGCGGCGACCUCGAAUACGGGCGGCUGUUCUUCGGCCCCGACAGGAACCGAUCCAUCGUCGGGCGGUCCCGGAGGAGUAUCGACUCGGAGCCCGACGAGACGGAGAGCCUCCUCGGCAGGGGCCGUGGGCGGCCGCUUGACGAACACCUGCCCCGGAUGAAGCGGAGACUGUUUGGGCGCGGCGAGUGGAAUGUCGGCCGCGUCGUCUUCUUCGCCUUCUUCUACUUCCUGAUCACGCCGUCUCUGUUUGUUGUCUCGGCCAUCUGUUGGCUGCUGGUGUUCACGAUCCCGAUGGGCAAGGUCACCAUGCUGUUGUUUUCCCACCUCCGCCGCCAUCCGCUGGCCCUGUCCUUCGAAUCCGAUAUCGCCUCGGCCCGUGCCCCGGCGGCGCCGCAUUCUUCCAUCUUGGUCUGCACCUAUCGGGCUGUCGGCCUCAAGUACUGGAAGUACACCAUCGACGGGACCAACAUCUUCCUGAUCAACCUCAUGGCCAUCGUGGGCUUCGUCGUCUUUGACUGGCUCGUCUUGGACGGCAUCUUGCACCUCGAGAACUUCCUGACCUCGCCCGCCUUCCUCUUCGUCUCCGGACUCCUGUCCAUCAUCCCCCUCGCCUACUUCAUCGGCCAGGCCGUGGCGUCCAUCUCGGCCCAGUCAUCGAUGGGACUGGGCGCUGCCAUCAACGCCUUCUUCUCCACCAUUGUGGAAGUCUUCCUCUACUGCGUCGCUCUCCAGCAGGGCAAGGCCCAGCUCGUCGAAGGCAGCAUUGUCGGCAGCCUAUUUGCCGGCAUCCUCUUCCUCCCGGGCCUCUCCAUGUGUUUUGGGGCCAUCAAGCGCAAGACGCAGCGCUUCAACUCCAAGUCCGCCGGCGUGACCUCGACCAUGCUGCUCUUCGCAGUCAUUGGCGCUUUCGGGCCGACCCUCUUCUACCAGAUCUACGGCACCCACGAGCUAACCUGCCGGGAUUGCAUCAACCUGGACCGCCCUUCCCACAGCGGUGGGGGCGCCGUCCGAGAUUGUCGCCGCUGUUACUUCUCGCAGACCCCUGCCAUCAACGACCGCUUCUACCUCGAAGCGGUGCGUCCGUACUGCUACCUCGCCGCCAGCAUGCUGUUUAUGUCGUACAUCAUCGGCCUCUGGUUCACGCUGCGCACGCACGCCGCCGUCAUCUGGAACAUUGAGAUCGAGGAGAAGAAGCACGACGACCACAUGACCCCCCACAACACUCCUCGGCCGCUGGGCAGCAAUCCGGCCGUGGGCGACGCCAGCGGCGCCGACAUUCGGGAUUCGCACCUGUACAAGCGCAUCCUCGGCCAGUCCCUUCGACAAGUCGGCCAGAUGCCCCGACCGGACGAGCAGACGCGGCAGAACACGCCUCUUCCUUCCGGGAGCGGAGCCAACGGCCCACCUCACCUCGUCCCACCGAAAGCCGCGACAAACUACGGCACCGCCGCCACCCCCCGCCCGCCAAUCAGUAUCCCGGGAUUCACCGAGGCUGAAAACAACAACCUAGUCCACCAGGUUGCCGAGAUCGCGGCCACGGCUGCGGCUGUGGCGGCAAGAAACGUCCAGAGCUCGCGGCGAGGCCCGCCAGGCUCGAUAUCGACGGCCGGUCAUCCGUCCGUCUCCAGCGGCCGCCCGGGGCCGGGCCGUAGCGCCGCGCUCUUCCCCGAGCAGGACGAAACCGCUGGAGGGCCGGCCUCCGCGCAGGGGGGUGGCCACGGAGGCCACGAUGCACCCAACUGGAGCCGGCUCAAGAGCUCGAUCAUCCUGAUGGGCGCUACAGUGCUCUACGCCGUCAUUGCCGAGAUUCUCGUCGACACGGUUGAUGUUGUGCUCCAGAGCUUCGACAUCGACGAGAAGUUUCUCGGGAUCACGCUGUUCGCCCUGGUACCGAACACGACCGAGUUCCUCAACGCCAUUUCGUUUGCCAUGAACGGCAACAUUGCGCUCUCGAUGGAAAUCGGCUCCGCCUACGCGCUGCAGGUCUGUCUGCUGCAGAUCCCCGCCUUGGUACUCUUCUCGGCCGUCAACCCUCUCAAGGUCCCCGCUGGGGACGUGGCCCGGUACACGUUCAGCCUCCUCUUCCCGCAGUGGGACAUGGUCACGGUGAUCCUGUGCGUGUUCCUGCUGAGCUACAUGUACGGCGAGGGCAAGAGCAACUACUUCAAGGGUAGCAUCCUGCUGCUCAGCUACCUGGUCGUCGUGGUCGGCUACUACUUCAGCGGCUUCGGAACCAGUCUCGACGACCCUGUGACUGGAGUGAGCCGGUUCGAUAUGUUGGGUAGCGACGGUCAGUGGAUGAGUUACGCCUUCAAAACGGUGGGGAGACGCUCUUCGGGGGUUGCUUUUUAGGGGGGU